AUGAAAGUAAAAGUUUAAACUGGAAAAUCGUUUAGGUAUAAGAGACCGUCAAUUAAUGCACGAAUUGCCCCACCCAACAAACCAUUAUAAACACGAUCCUGCGAGUGUUUAUUUCAAACAUUUUCCCAUUCAAUACAGCGUUUUUAUUAGCCAUGGCCACACAAUGGCUAAGUUUGAUCGGUGCAAUAUGGCUACAAAGCAUAAACGGCACCAACUCCAAUUUCCCGGCUUACUCUUCACAACUCAAACGCCUUCUAUCCUUAUCCCAAAUACAACUCAACAAUCUCGCACUCGCGUCCGAUGCCGGAAAAUUAUUCGGCUGGUUUUCCGGCGUCGCCGCGGCGUAUCUCCCGCUCUGGCUAGUCCUCAUGAUCGGGGCAACACUCGGGUUUAUCGGGUACGGGUUGCAGUACCUGUUCAUCACAGAACAAAUGCCAUCAUUAACAUACUGGCAAAUUUUCUUGCUAACUACUCUGGCCGGAAACAGCAUCUGCUGGAUCAACACUGUAAGUAACAUAGUCGCGAUUCAGAAUUUCCCUUUGGAUCGUCAAAUUGCAGUCGGGUUAUCCACCAGUUACCAGGGUUUAACCGCCAAGAUUUUUACCGCGGUGGUCGACGCGGUGGAUCGGAAUUCACCGAAACAGAGAGCUCAGACUUACCUGCUGUUAAACGCCGUGCUUCCCCUGUUAAUCUGCGUCGCGGCUUCUCCGGUGGCUAAGAAUGUGAAGAUUGGGAAGAUGAAGAAUUUGGCCGGCGGGUUCGUGGCCAUGUUCGCUAUAACGACGGCCACCGGAGUUUACGCGAUUCUCAGCUGUUUCAGCUUCGUUACGGACUAUUUCUCGCCGCUCGUUUUCGCCGUCGGAAUGGGGGUUUUUCUGGUACUUCCUCUGGCGAUUCCGGUCAGCGAAAGGAUAAGAGAAACAACCCAACAGAAAUGCUGGAUAAGGAAAGACAACAGAGUUUGCAAUAUUGACCAUCUAACGCCAAUUUCAGUAAUAACGGAGAACGGUGAAAAACAGGGGAAUGAAGACGUCAAAUUAGAAGUCUCCGAUGAAGAAGUUAACAAUGUGAAGGAGGAACUGGGAGCUAGAGAAAUGAUAAAAAGACUGGAUUUUUGGUUGUAUUAUUUGGUUUACUUAUUUGGGGCAACACUUGGUUUGGUGUACUUGAACAAUUUGGGACAAAUCGUGGAAUCCCGUGGAAGCUCAAGGACUUCUUCCAUCGUAUCAUUGUGCUCUGCUUUCACCUUUUUCGGCCGCCUCAUUCCAUCCCUCUUCGACUACUAUCUUUCCAAGAGGAAUUGGGUGAUUUCAAGACCAGCAUCAAUUGCAAUGACGAUGAUCCCAUUAUCCGGGGCAUUUUUCUUGCUUCUGGUGAAGACAAACAACAAUAAUCUUGGUCUGUUGUACCUCAGUACAGCAAUAAUUGGGACAUGCACCGGAGCCAUCACAUCGAUCUCUGUGCCAACCACAACGGAGUUAUUUGGUGCCCAGAAUUUCGGUAUUAAUCACAACAUUUUAGUCACGAAUAUCCCUGUUGGCUCAUUUCUGUUCGGUGAUUUCGCAGCCUUUCUUUAUAAGAGACAGGAAAACAGACCAAAUGGCGGUUGCAUGGGCGUCAAAUGCUACCAAACGACGUUCCUUUUGUGGGGCUCUCUCUGCGUUUUUGGUACUUUUCUCGCUAUGAUUCUUCACUGGCGAACCAGAAAGUUUUAUUCUCAUAAUAGAGGAUAAGCUAGUAGAGAUGAAAUCUCAACUUAUUUAGGGUUUUUUUCUGGUUUUGUCUAACUUAUAGUGUACUGAUUACUAGCACUAACAUUAACUUACUAGUCAAGCCAUAUAGUUUUUGGAAGGCUAAAUGUAACUCUCGGUUAAAUUUUAGUUUCAUAUCACAUUAAAUCAAUAAAACAAACCUCGUUUCGAU